UUGCCUCGGCGCCCCCCACCUCCUUGCAACAUGCUGUCGCCCGUCGCGCUCUCGACAGCGGCCGUGAUCUCGAGCACGAUCGCCGCCAGCGUGCUCAGCGCCAUCUACCUCCUCUGCCUCAAGCCCGGCAACCGCAUCACAGCCCCCGACUGCUACGCGUCGCCGGACAACAGUGCGCUGCGCCCGGGCCAUGGCGCCGUCUACCGCGUCAGCGACAAGUACCCGACGCCGGCCUUCUCGACGAUGAUUGAGAACCUCGCCAACACGGCGGCCGAGCACCCGGACGUCAACUUUAUCGGCCACCGCGAGCUCGACGCCGCCGGGAAGGCGGGUCCGUUCGUGUGGGACUCGUACGCCAAGGGCUACAGCCGCAUCCAGGCCUUUGCGUCGGCGCUCGUGCAUGAAAACAUGAUGCCUGCGGGCGCAAGCGGCCAGAAGAUGCUGUGCAUCUACAUGCGCAACCGUCCCGAGUGGCUCAUUGCACAGUACGCGGCGCUCUACGCGGGCGGCUGCAUCUCGUGCCUCUACGACACGCUCGGCGCGUCGUCGGCCAAGUUCAUCCUAAACCAAACCGAGGCGCCGACCGUGGUUUGCACGACCGCCGAGCUCAAGCACGUGCUCGAGAUCAAGGCGGCGUGCCCCAAGAUGGCCCACAUUGUGCUCUGCGACGUGGCGACGGCGGCGCCGGCGGACGUGGCGGCGGCCGCGGCCGUCGGCAUCAAGCUCUGGACGAUGGCCGAGCUCGAGGCCCUCGGCGCGCAGCACCUCGUGGCCAUGGCCCCUAUCAACACGGACGACACGUGCUUUCUCAUGUACACGAGCGGCACGACGGGCGACCCGAAGGGCGUGUGCAUCAGCCACAAGAACCUCCUCACGUGCGCGUUGGGCGUCGAGAUGCAUCUGCGCAAGGGCAAGGCGGCGAAUACGUUCAACAACGAGGCGCUGCACCUCUCGUACUUGCCGCUGCCCCACAUUCUCGAGCAGCUCGUGCACUCGAUCGUGAUCUCCAAGGGCGGUGCGAUCGGCUUCGCCCAGGGCCACACGGCCAAGAUCCCGGACGACCUCUGCACCUUGCGGCCGACCGUCUUUAUCACCGUCCCUCGCAUGCUCAACAAGAUUUACGACACGAUCGUCGGCGGCGCCCGCGCGGCCGGCGGCAUGAAGGCGCGCCUCUUUGAGCGUGCGAUGCACACGAAGCUCGCCAACAUGAAGCGCGGCUACACGUCGCACCCGCUCUACGACAAGCUCGUCUUCUCCAAGAUCCAAGCCAAGCUCGGCCUCGACCGCUGCUGCGCCGUCAUUACGGGCUCGGCGCCGCUCGCCGACGACGUGAUGGCGUUCUUCCGCAUCGUGCUUGACUGCCCCGUCGUCGAAGGCUACGGCCAGUCGGAAUGCUGCGGCGCGGUCAACAUCACCGAUGUGUUUGAUCUCUCGACGGGCACGGUCGGGCCGCCGCUGCCGUCGUGCGAGAUGAAGCUCGUUUCCGUGCCCGACAUGGGCUACGAAGUGACGGACACGGUGCACGGCGACGAGCAGAUGCCGGUCAACGGCCGCGGUGAGAUUUGCUACCGCGGCCCGACCAUCUUUACGGGCUACUUUAACGACCCGGAGAAGACCAAGGAGGCCAUUGACGAGGAGGGCUGGCUGCACUCGGGCGACAUUGGCGUCUGGACGCUCGACGGCCGGCUCAAGAUUGUCGACCGCAAGAAGAACAUCUUCAAGCUGUCGCAGGGCGAGUACGUGGCCCCCGAGAAGAUUGAAAACAUCCUCAAGGUCAACCCGUACGUGGAGCAGAUGUUUGCCUACGGCGACUCGCUCCACUCGAUGCUUGUGGGCAUCGUCGUGCCCGACAAGCGCGAGCUCGAGACGCUCGCGGCCUCGCUCGGCGUCACUGGCACCUUUGCCGAGCUCUGCGCCAACCCGACGCUUGUCGCUGCCGUGCAGAAGGACAUGGCCGCGACCGGCAAGAAGGCCGGCCUCAACGGCUUUGAGACGGUCCGCGCGAUCCACUUGCACCCCGACCGCUUCACGGUCGAGAACGACCUCUUGACGCCGACGUUCAAGCUCAAGCGCAACGACGUCAAGAAGGCCUUUAUGACGCAGAUUGACGCGCUCUACGAGAAGAGCGGCGACGUGGUCGCGGGCAAGAACGUCAAGCAGCACUAA